UUGUGGGAAUAAGCUCAUGGCUUAAAAAAGGAAAAAACAAGAAAAUAAAUUUCUUACAAAACCCUCACAGAACCCUCGACACUCAACGGCUGAGAAAACCACUAUUGUCUCGUCAACCCAGGUAUCUCUCUCUGCAUCAUCUUUUUUUCUAUUUAAUCCUCACAUUUAUAUCUCUCUGCAUCGUCAACCAAUCCUCUCUCUUCCCCCUUUCUCUCUGUUUCUAUCUCUCAUCCCUCUCUCUCUGUUUCUCUUAUCUCUCUUUGUCUCCUUCAAUUGACAGCGGUAGCAGCAGCUACCGUGAAAUAGACAAUGGCACAAUUGUCUUAAGAUUUUAAAAGAGAAAUAAAGAAAUGAGUAAUUUGGUCACAUGGUUGUCUUAUUGAUGUAUUGAUUUACUUGUUUAUUUAUCAUACUAAAAUGAUUGAUAUUGUGGUUUACAUCCCAGCUUGGGGUUCUUCGGCGCCCUCUAUCUGUCCUGGUGCUCUCAUUCUCUAAAUCCCUUUCGCGAAGAAGAGGAGGAAGAAAAAAGACUUAACAUGGUGACCCUGUACGGCAUCAAGUUGGGCGUACACCUCAUGACCAACCAGUUCGGCAACAUCGUUGCUAAAGUUUGUGAGAGUCUUCUUCGAAGAGGACCCCUCACCCUUCAACUCAUAGUUCGGUUCACGGAGCUCACCCCACAACAGGUCAAGAGCUCCCUACUCAUCUUGAUUCAACACAACUGCGUAACUGCGUUCAAGCUUUCUCUCUCGAGCAACAAGAUGGUUUAGAAGAUGGGCCAAAGGCUAAUACCCAGUACUUGGCGUUGUUUAAUAACAUACUUCAUCGCAUGAGACAAUAUGCGGGUGGUGCAAGGUUAUCAAAGCCAAAUACGAAGAACAGGAAGGCGGGUGGUGCACGAAGGAAGUUUCGGGUUCUCAUGGCGUGAGUGUAUGGAAGCAUAUUCGUCAAGGUUGGAGUUCCUUUGCCAAAGGGUGUAGGUUUGAGGUGGGGGCGGGUUCGAAAGUUCGUUUCUGGCAUGAUACUUGGUGUGGGGAAACUCCUUUGAAGCAAGCUUUCC